AUGUCAUUCAACCAUAAGUCAGCUGAUAAUGGUCAAAAAAUUGUUAACUUAUUUAGUCAAUACUUCUCUUCAGUUUAUAAAGAUACAGCUCCUACUAAUAUUAAUUUUCAGUCUAAUAUAGUUCAAUCAAUUGAUUCGUUAAACUCACUUCACAUCGAACUCCUAGAAGUUUUCAAUGAAUUAAAUAUUCUAUCUUACAAAAAUGCAAUUGGUCCUGAUGGUCUCUCUCCUAUAUUUUUAUUUAACUGCAGAUUUAUACUUUCUCCACCUAUCACAUAUCUCUUUAAUUUUUGUUUAAAUAGUGACUCAUUUCCAUCAUCUUGGAAAUCCACCUAUAUUAAUCCAAUUCUUAAAAUUUAAUAAAUCAUUUAUCUCAAAUUAUCGUCCUAUAUCGAUAAUUUCUAUUCUCCCAAAAAUAUUUUCUAAAAUAAUAAAUAAUAAGCUCACACCCAUAUUUAAACAUAUUUUAGCACCACAACAACAUGGAUUUCGCAAUAAAAAGUCAUGUCUUACCAAUUUAAUAACUAUUAAACAUCAUAUAAUUAAAUCUUUUUCUAAUAAUCAACAAACAGAUGUUGUUUAUACAGAUUUUGAAAAAGCCUUUGAUAGA